GAGGCAAAUACUGACGUAGGUGGUGUCGUAUGGGAUAGUGCUCUAGUUGCUGCUCAUUAUUUUAUUAAAAAUUCGAAGAAGUAUCGAGACAAAAAGUGUGCCUAUUUGGCUGCAAUUGGAGCCGACGUCAUAGUUACCGAUUUGCCAUCGCGUGUGCCACUAUUGAAAACGAACUACGAAGCCAAUAAGUCGGUUUGCCGUGGAUCAGUUUCGAUCGAGCCGUUGGAUUGGGCGUUUCCUGGUCGUGUUCCAGAUGUAGACGUUUUGGUCUUAGUCGAUUGUAUCUAUUACUUAGAGAGUUCCUUCAAUGCGGAAGAAAUCCUAUGUGUUUAUGAAAAGCGAGACAUUGGUGAACCAGUUCGUGCUCAAAAAGUCUUUCUAGAAAAGAUUGCUCAGUAUUAUGAAAUUGUACCUGUGCACGAAAGUGACCUGCAUCCGGAUUUUUCAUGUUGUGAUGAAAUACCUGUGAUAAAGUUUAUCAGAAAGUAUCCGAUGCUCGGUACGAUGUACCGGGAUCCAACAACAUCGUCGAAUUAUGAUGAGAUCACGGUUACUCACUACUUUCUCGAAUGGACUGUGUGUUUUCUUCAAAAGAACAUCUAUGGCUGUAUCGAAAUGACACUGAAAGCACUAAAAGAUGUACUUGAUGGAGAUAAACUAGCGAUCUCUAGUGUGAAUUUGAAUGGACAAGAUCUCGUAUUCACCGUUGAACCAGGUACACCCAUUGGAGAUAAAAUAGUUAUCAAAUCGCCUAUAAAGAAGGACCAAGAAGUAAAACUUGCCAUAACUUACUCGACAGCUCAAGAAGCUGCGGCUCUUCAGUUCAUGGAUAAAGAACUAACCGCUGAUAAGAAGGCAUCGUACUUGUUCUCGCAAUGUCAGGCUAUUCAUGCUCGUUCAAUCAUGCCAUGUAUGGAUACACCAUCCGUAAAAUCAUCAUAUCGUGCAGAGGUGGCUGUACCCGGUGAUUUAGUAUGUUUGAUGAGUGCUAUUUGUAAAGGAAAGAAGAAGACAGGAGACACCACUACUUACACGUUUGAACAACCUGUCGCCAUUCCGUCUUACUUGUUAGCGAUCGUCGUUGGACAUAUUGAACGAAGAGAGAUCAGCCCACGAUGUAAGAGUUGGUUGGGAACAUCGCUGUCGUUGAUGCGGCAAGAUGGGAGUAUGAUCUCGUUGUGUUACCUCCCUACGUUCCCCUUUGGUGGAAUGGAGAAUCCAUGUCUGACGUUUAUCACGCCCACGUUACUGUGCGGAGAUCGCUCCCAGGUCAGAGUUGUAGCACAUGAAAUCGCUCAUAGUUGGACAGGAAAUUUGGUCACGAACGCCAGCUGGGAACAUUUCUGGUUGAAUGAAGGAUUCACAGUUUUCUUGGAAAGGAAAAUCAAAGGACGACUCGAGGGUGAACUAGAGAGACAAUUUGAAAGUGAAUGUGGUUACGAU